AUGGAAAGAAAACCAGAAUGGCUACAAAAACAUAUAUUUGGAAACGAGCUUAUUCCAUAUGGACAGGCACUGUUUGAAGAGCUUGAACCGGAAACUCAGGAAAGAGUCAUGCAAACAAUACGCGAAGACUCAAAUACAGACUAUGACAAACUCUUUCUAGGAUAUAGGUUACCUGAGAUGGGCGACCAGAGCCAAAAGGCAAAAAGGACAUGGGAAAUUUGCAACAUACUAGAUGAACAUAAUGCAAAGAUGCAACAACUUCAAGCAGAGGGCAAUGAAGGAAAAAGAAGAGUUAAAAACUCAGUCAGGAAGAAAGUAAAGCUUGGUCGGAGUGGGUUCUAUUAUGACAUAUAA